AUAAAGUUAGCGAUCGGCGAUUUUGUAAUUUAAACUUAUUUAUUGUUUAAAAUAUUAAUUUUGACACAAAUUUUCACAGAAAACCUUUGCUAUUUAACAUAAUGUUCAAGGGUAUGGUGAGCUUGGUUACUGGCGGCGCUUCAGGAUUAGGUAAAGCCACUGUAGAAAGACUUGUUAAAAAUGAAGGAAGAGUUGUUAUAUUGGAUAUUCAAGGGACAAGAGCUCAGGAAGUUGCGAAGGGAUUUGGUGAAAAUGUUGCUGUUUCAGUCGGUUGUGUGUCGUCAGAAGAUGAUGUAAAGAAGGCUUUGGAAUUGACAAAAUCAAAGUUUGGAAGGCUUGACACACUUGUCAACUGUGCAGGAUAUGCACAAACACACCAAGUGUAUAAUUUCUUUAAAGACAAGGAAUGUAGUUCAAGCCAUUUUAUCAAAUGUAUAAAUAUUAACACAAUAGGCACAUUUAAUACAAUAAGAUUAUCAGCAGGCCUGUUAGGGAAAAAUGAACCUAAUGAGAAUGGACAGAGAGGUGUGAUUGUGAACACAGCAUCAACAAUAGCAUAUGAGGGUGAUAUCGGUCAGGCAGCAUUUGCAGCAUCAACAGCCGCUGUGAUAGGAAUGACUUUACCAAUAGCCAGGGAUCUUGCGGCACAAGGCAUCAGAGUAGUAACUAUUGCACCAGGUAUAUUUGAUACUCCACUAGUACAAUAUCUACCUGAAAAAAUGAUUGACUUCAUAAAACGUAUGACGCCGUUUCCAUCAAGACUCGGUAAACCGGAGGAGUUUGCACAUUUAGUUACUAGUAUAGUAGAGAAUCCAAUGCUGAAUGGUGAAGUCAUAAGACUAGAUGGUGCACAGAGAUGGUUUCCUUUAUAAAAUAUAUACAAAUACUUAGUUAGGAUAUAUAAGUCUGUUUCCACUUACUGCUAAUUCUAAUCAAUAGUCACAGAAGCAAUAUAAAUUGACUUUUUUGUUGGAAUAGAAUUUUUUGAUGAAUUGUCAUGUUUGUAAUAAAUUCCUAUUAAGUUGUAAGAUUAGUUUAGGUAUUUAAGACUGGAAAUGUGUACAAAUAUAUGUGUUUCUUG